GACAUGACUCCCGCCAUUAUAGGGGGCGUGGUCGCUGGUGUUGUUCUCGUCGCUGUCGUUAUCUUCGUCAGCUGCAUCUUCUGUAAGAGACUCCCCAGUUGCCCGCCGUCCAGCAAGCCGAUAGACGAUGACCAGGGGGAGGUGGACAUUGACAGGUACUACAGUACCACAGAGGACGAGAUGAGAAAUCUGGAACUGGCGCAGGCUGGUUCGGCUAGGCAUUCAGUCUCUUCUACACAGGAGCUGUACAUAUCACCAGAGGACGUACGUGCCAACAAGAGAAACAACGCCAAAGUCAAGUCCCCCAUCUUGGCCAGUGACGUCUUCGAUGACGACGACGAGUACGUCACAGCGUUUGAGGUAAGGAGCCGUAAGAGGGAGUCUCAGAAAGAUAAAAACCCGGAUCAAAAUGGCGGAAUGCCGGCAGACGAGACGAACUACGAUCGUCUGGGCCGGCAGAGCUUCUCACCCGACCCUGACGUCAUGGAAAAUUACGACAAGCUAGUUCCAGCAACGGUACCGGAACUCUCAGCGAAGAAAUCAGAACCGGACGACCAAAUCCCGGAUGGCAGAGUUGAAGCCGGAGCCGUGAAUUUAGCAUACAACGAUACGGAAAAACCGGAAAUAUCCGGCUCCCAGUCUCCAACAUACGAGACUUUGUAUGACACUAAAGUGAAAGUAGCGCCUACUCUAUCCGCGACAUACUGCAACGAAGACAAAUCUCCGGAAUUCGCCCCAGAACGCGAUGCCGCCUCCGUCUACGACACGCCGCGUAGCGCCAAAUCCAAACUCUUGUCAGUCAGCAGACGUGACCCAGACGACCCCACCACGGACACUGGGCCUCUGGUCGAUAAAAUCGACGAAACUCUGGAACCGAAUCGUGUAGAUGAGAGCAACGACGCUGACGACUCGCUGAAAGCCCCAGUGGCCAAACCUCGCAGAAAGGCCAAGAGUGUGAAACCUUAUGACCUGGCUAAGCCAAUACAGUAGCAGAAGUGUGGAUUUU